CGCGUCGGGCCCGCCUCGAUUCCCGGGGGCACCCCAGGAAAGAAUAAUGGGGGGGGGCGUCAUAUUUAAUUUUCUCAGGCAGGUGCAAAGAUGCCCCGUGCGAAUUCAAUAGCGCACGCGCACAAAGGGGAACGUCUCGGGGCACGGUUUUAAGGCUUAAUCUCCCCCCGCCCCGUUUUAAGGAGAGCUCCCCCUGCCUCCAAAAAGGCGGGAUGUAGGAAUGGCUGCCCCGUUUAAGGGUCUCCUGGGGUGACCUUAAGAAGGAGAAGGGACGUGAUUGAGAGCCAGCAGCUUCCGGGGACGCAUUUAACCAGGCGAGCAACGGGCUGUCUUCAAGGCGGACGAUGGCGGACUUCAGCCACAAGCGGGGGAAGAGGAACGACGAGAGUGGCUUCGGCAGCUUGGUGGACUUCCUGCUGGCCAACGCCAGGGUGGUCCUGGGUGUCAGCGGAGCCGCGGUCUUAGCCAUCGCAACGCUGGCGGUGAAGAAGCUUAUAGACCGAGCCACCAGCCCGCCGGACGAUGUCGACGAGAUAAAAGCCAAGCAGAAGUCCCUGGAAGAGAGCUGGCAGGAGCUCAGCCUGAUCAAGCCGGUGCCCAAGACCCGACGGGAAGACCUUGAAGAACCGCUGAUCUCCCCGGUCACGGCCGUGGCCACCCAAGAACCCGAGAGCCUCGCCCCGUCCUCCAAGGCCCCCCUGUGGGAGCCAAGGCCCCUGCUCUGCUCCACGCUGCAGGAGAAGCUCCUCUCCUUCUACAGGGACCACGUUGCCGCCCCCGAGGAGGACAAGGCUCUGGGGAAGCAGUUAGCCAAGGACAUCUGCACCGAGCUGCAGAACUUCUUGAAAAACAAGUCUUCGGAGCUGCCCUUUGGGACCAUGCUCCUUUGUGGGUACCUGUGUGACGAUCUUGCCAGCCGCGGGCGCCUCGAGGUCGAUUUCAUGCUUCCCCUGGUGCUGGAGCCCAAUCUUUGGCACCUGAUCCCAGGAGAGCGCACCAUCAUCAACGAUCCCUGCUUCGGGAUGGUCAAGCGGACUGGUGUGGAGUUCUUCCCACGGGGAAGCAGCCCCUGGGACAGGUUCCUCGUGGGCGGGUACCUCUCCUCCAACCGCGUCAGUGACACCCUCCAUAAAUUCUUGGUGGCCUCCAUCAACUGGCCCGUCAUCAGCAGCAUGCUGGAAUGCGCCAUCCGGCCCGUGAUGGCUCCCAAGGAGCUCAAGCUGGAAGUCAGGUGUGAGCGGCUCCACCUGGACAUAACCCUCCGUCCCAUGAUAGAAGCAGGAGGCAAAAUCCUACUCGCGGCCUCUUCUGAAGAGCCCGUGGAGAACCUCUGGCAGCAAAGCUUCUAUGCAGCAGAGAUGUCCAAGCUUAAAGCUCUGGAUACGGCAGAUUCGGGAGCCCGGCGAUGUUGUCUCGGUCUCUUGAAGGUUGUCUUCGAAGGCCAUCCCUUCUGGAGCAAGCUGGCUGGGAGGCCCUUGACUCACGCCUUGCUGCACCUGAGCCAAACUGAACUGGACUGGUCCGAGGCUGCGCUGUCCGAGCGGGUCCAGCAAGUGCUGGAAGAGCUGGUCCAGUACCUGGCGAAGGGGGACCUUCCUUGCUUUUUUGACAGCAGGAUAAACCUUUUCGGCCACCUGCCCUUAGAGGAGAUGGAAGAGAUCGGCUGCACUUUAUACGAGGCUUUAGCAGCGCCCGAUCUUGCGAAUGGACUGGGAUUAUAAACAAAUGACCCAGUCGCGGUGACUGCCCUGGCCUCCUCCAGGGCUCGUGCGGCUUGAAGAAGCUUGUUCCUUCAUCCCCAGUGCGAUUCUUUGCACUGGAAGAAAUAAAGUAUUCGGUAUUGAAGUAAAACGGUCCUGGGUCACAAGAUGAGAAGCUCGCCCUCCUUUUUCUCUCCCAGACCGGAACUCUUGUGAUGUCGUCAUUUCCCGACGGUUGAUUCAUGUGUUGCACUGCAGGAAUGCCAAGCCGGGUUGGAGGGCUGCAAGUGCCUGGGGGAAAGGCGCACCGUUGGCCUGCAUCAUGGUCGCUUCGUGCGAGUUCCCCUUUGUGUUUUUUUCCAUCAAUGCACAAGGAGUGCGUUGGGGCUGCCACUUUGCAGAUCCCAUCCCAAUGGUAAGGAUCAACCCUUGCCCUCGGUCUCUGACACGGGCUCCGUUUGCUUGAUUGUGUAACUUGAAGCCCCACGGAAGGCACCAGGGUGGGUGGAUGAGAGUCGAAUCUGCCGAGCCAGUGAUUACCCCCAGUCCACUCUGCCAAGCAUCACAGCGACGAGGGGUGCGCAGGCGUCGGAACGAGCAGUCCCGAGACCUGGGAAAGGCGGCCAUGUAGCUAGAUGCUCUCCCUGUUUUUUGUGCCACGUUGCUAGACAUCGAAGGGUCGAGAGGCGGUUGCUUGCUGGGUCGGUCUUUCCUGCUCACAGCGCAGCCCAGACUGGCAUGGAAUGACCCUUUGGUCUACCUCAUGCUUUGUUUUCAUAGUGUCCAUUAUACCCAAAGUUAACCAAGUGCCAAACGGUGGGGCAGGGAGAGAGGAGUCUAGAUUUUGGGUGUUCCAGAACCUGGCAUGUUCGAUGGCCUCAGCUGUAAAUGAUUCAGGAUCUCAAACCGCCAUGGCAAAAGCUGACAUCUGGUAAGCCGCACCACCGCCGUGCCCAGCCGGUCUCCAUCCAAGUCAGGUCCAGCUACCUGGAAACGAUGAAUGUACCUGGAGACGGGUUCGGGAAGGCAGCACUAGUGAAAUCACGCUUUUGUAUGCGCCAUGUGUGCCUCGCUUUAGUUACGUACCCGCUGAAGUGGCCGAAGUCUUUGCCACCGAUACCGACAACUACUGCAUAGCGAUCGCCGUGAAGCGUCUUGGAGGGUGCGGCAGGACAGGCGUGUCUUGAUUUUCUGGACAGGAAGUCCCGAGAGUUGGCCAACUUAGCCCGUCACCCGGCUGCCCAGCCCUCCUCUCUUGGUUGCGGUGUCUUUGGGGGCGCAAAUGCAUCCCUUGAACGAUGCAAAGGGAGGGUCCCUGCUUCCCUGUAAGCUGUAACUGGAAGUAGCAACGGCUACCUUUUCGUUAUUCGGACUUGAAUGACUGUGUAGCUGAAGACCUUUGCCCUCUUUCCUCUGGCACAUAGCAAAUCAGAAGAAUGUCUUGUUUGAAGAAGCCAGAUAUAUUCUAUUUUCUCUCCUUUUUACUCUCAGUUGGAACUCGGUACAUUCUGCCCAUAGACCUUUUCUGUACCAAUCAUUUCUCUCGAGCAAAACUGGCCUUGGAGUGGCCUUUUCCUUAAAAUUACCCUGUGAGCGAGUUCCCAUGUGAACCUCUAACCGAUUCAGCUAACCGAAUCACCCCCUAUUUAAAGGAACUCUGCUUUUCAAAGAAGGUGGCAACGGCAAAAUUGGUUGUUGGAGUGGUCUGUGGGCGGACAUGACGUCUCAGAAGAAAUAAUCAUAGUGCAGUGAUGGCAAGAACUUGUCAUGAGAUGAAUUUAAUUUACCCUUCAGUGCUAAUGCUCAUCUUUUGAGCCUGAAAAAAUGAGUUUCUGCCCCUCUCACUUCUUGUUUUCUUACUGAUGUUUGAGGACUGAAUUUGUAUAUACUGUAAGGAGGGGAAACCCUGGGGCUGUAUGUAUGUUUGGGUGUACCCCCCCUGUAAGGAUCAUUUGAUGGGUUUGAUGUUUUGUUCUGUAUGCUCCGAUUUCUUUAACCUUUAAAGCUGCUGUAGGAAAGGGGAGACGUUUCUCCAGAUGGUACAGGUAAAAAUAAAGGCCAUUAUAGAAUAUGUAUAUGUAUGUAUUAUAUUUAAAGUGGAACCUGGGUUGAAUAUAAUAGUCAAGGCUGGGGACACUGCAGACCUAGCUGUAUCCAAACUGGACCUGAAGAACAGGACUUGACACACCGGCUUCGGCCUGGCAGCGUGCCCAGCAUUCCACCAGUGGGGAGAAAAUGAGGGAAAGGGCUGGGCGAGCUUUGCUCCGCUCUUGCAGUCAAAGAAGUGGGUGGAAGCACUGGGCCAGACAGCCUUAAAGGGGCAACUCCACCACUCCUGGAGCUGUGAAGACUAAGCCGCUUUUCCUGCAAAAAAUGGUCCCAGGUGCCCCUCAUACCUUCUCUCCCUUUCUUUCUUCUGCACUCCAGUGCAGAACCUGAGAUGCCUUGAAAGCUGCAAGGAAGGUGGAAUGAAACAUUGCAGAGCUUUACAAGCAAAUUUAAUUAAAAGAGGAAAUAAAUUACUUGAACCCAUCUGUAAUCAAAUCAUGUACCCUGUGAUAAAAGUAUGGUAUUUAACCAGCCAAGAUGGGAAAACCAAGAUUAAAUUCUGUGUUGCAAA